UUUUGCUGCCUGGGUGACGUUAACCACAUGAAGCAUGGCUGCUCCCACAGUACAGCUUGCCCAUGCUGCUUUCUCUGUGAACCGGUGUCCUCACAGUGUUAGCUGGGGCCGGAACGGUUUAUUAGCAUGCGGGACAUGUAACUCCAUAGCACUGUAUGACCCUCGGAAGAAGACUAUAAUAAAUACCCUAAAUGGACACACUGGAAGAGUUAACUGUGUAUUCUGGAUUCAGAAACAUGACUGUCGGUCAGAAACAGAACUUGUUUCUGGUGGAUCUGAUAAGCAAGUUAUCAUAUGGACCAUCAAAGAUUACCAGAAACCUUAUUCUGUUAAACUGGAAGGUCACAAUGAUGCAGUGUGUGCAGUUCAUGCUCUUUAUACAGAGAAUGGCUGUGAAGAUAGUCUUCUUAUUGCAUCUACAGCUUCUGACUGCACAGUGCGAAUAUGGUCCCGAAGUGAAUGUCUCCAGAUUCUUCCCUUUGGAAAUGGAUUUGUUCUGGACGUCUGCUUGUCUAUGCUACCUGGCAGUAAGGUCCCCAUUUUAGCAUGUGCCGGAGAUGACAGCAAGAUUCAUUUGCAUGUACGGCACAAUGGGCAGUUUCAGAAAACACAAGUCCUUCAUGGACAUGAAGACUGGGUGAGAGGUGUGGAAUGGGCCAUCAGCGACGGCGACCUAUUCUUAGCAAGUUGUGCCCAAGACUGCAUGAUCCGCAUCUGGAAGAUAUUUAAGAAGUCAGAAGCUGAACCUCCCAGAAUUGAUGAUAAUGAUGAUGGAGAGGAAAGCUCAAUCAAGCUUAAAGAGAACAUAUUCACAGUAAAAGAUGAAACAAAUGAAGCAGCGUAUGCCGUUACCCUAGAGAGUGUCUUGGCUGGCCAUGAAAACUCAGUGUAUGCAGUUCACUGGCAACCUUGCUUUCAAAAAGAUGGCAGCAUUGUACAGCCAAUGUGUUUGCUGUCAGCCUCAAUGGACAAAACGAUGAUCCUCUGGGGACCGGAUGAGGAGUCUGGAGUAUGGCUCGAGCAGGUUCGUGUUGGAGAAGUUGGUGGGAACACCCUUGGAUUUUUUGGUUGCCAGUUCGGCCCUGACAAGUCUAUGAUUCUUGCUCAUGCCUUUCAUGGAGCACUGCAUCUGUGGAGCCAAAAUCCAACCAAAGAAGACCAGUGGAUUCCCAUGGUGGUCAUGUCUGGGCAUUUUAACAGCGUGCAGGGUCUGAGGUGGGAUCCUGAUGGAGACUUUGUUGUUACAGUGGGGUCCGAUCAAACAACAAGGCUUUUUGGUCCAUGGAAGAAAGAGGGACACUCACAGGUGACAUGGCAUGAAGUUGCCAGACCACAGAUACAUGGUUAUGAUAUGCAAUGUAUCGCCAUGAUUGGCAGAUUUCAGUUCGUGUCUGGAGCUGAUGAAAAGGUCCUCAGAGUGUUUUCUGCACCAAGAAAUUUCAUUGAAAACUUCAGUAAUGUUUCUGGUAUAUCGAUGGAUAAGCUACUUUUACAUGAAGACACAAAUCUUCCCGAAGGAGCUACUGUCCCUGCAUUGGGUUUGUCAAAUAAAGCAGUCUUUCAGGGAGAACUUCUUCCGCAGUCAGUCCAGGAUGAUGAAAAAUACAACAGUGUGUCUGAUCAGUACACACAGCCUUAUUUUCAACCUCUCAUCUUGUCAGAACCCCCUACAGAAGACCAUUUGUUGCAGAACACAUUGUGGCCUGAGGUCCAGAAACUUUAUGGACAUGGCUAUGAAAUAUUCUCUGUAGCUUGUAACUAUGCAAGGACCGUAAUUGCUUCAGCAUGUAAGGCUUCCAAAAGAGAACAUGCAUCCAUUAUCUUGUGGAGUUCCACGAGCUGGAAGCAGAUACAGAGCUUGUCUUUUCACAAUCUGACUGUUACUCAGAUGGCAUUUUCGCCUGAUGACAAAUUUUUAUUAGCAGUUUCCAGAGAUAGAAUGUGGUCUCUGUGGAAGAAGCAGGAGGAAACCCCAGCACAAUCAGCAGAACCUAGGUUUAUCCUGCAUGCGCACACUGACAAGAAUACAUCCGUACACAGCAGGAUCAUUUGGUCAUGUGACUGGACUCCAGACAGCAGAUAUUUUAUCACCGGAAGCCGAGAUAAAAAGGUCAUUGUUUGGGGUGACUGUCAGUCUUAUGACGAAGAUGAAAGCAAUACGUCUGUUUCUAUAAAGCCUUGUUCCACCCUUCUGGAUACUGGGGAUUCUGUCACCGCAGUCAGCGUAAGCAGAGUGCUUGCGCAUAAUGGGAGUUAUAUUAUUGCCAUUGGAUUAGAAUGCGGACAGAUUUCUCUGUACACGUGGCAGCACAGUGGUACAAUAAAUGACUGGACAAAAUUUGUUGAGAUGGACAAAAGCCUUAGUCACACACUGGCUGUCAAACAGCUUUGUUGGAGAAGUUGCUCGGGCCGGGCUGGACAUGAUGAUAAAGAAACCGGAGACUGGCUGCAGCUAGCGAGCUGCGGUGCUGAUCAUAUCGUGAAGAUAUUCGAUGUUUACAGGAAAGCGUUAGAAUAAUAAAAUCUCAAUAUCAAUAGUAAAAGGAUGUUAAAAAUAAAUAUUGUUUAUAUUGUGACUUCAUCAUUGGUGUGAAAACUUUCUUGAAAGUCUUCUUUAAUAAUUAUGUCUUAAAAUUCUAAAUGCUAUUUUAUUUGGCCCAAAAGUCAGUUUGCAUAUGCUUAUCGCGUUUACAUUUAUAAUUGAUGUAGGAUCUAUGGACAGUCUGUUAGUGUUUUUUAAUCGACAUACUCUGUAUGUACUUAUUCCCCUUUACAGAUAUUUUUUCAGAUGUAAGUGUGCCACAUACAUUGCGAUCCAAACAUCGCUUGAGGGAAGAGAAAUUUGAUUCUUUUGACACAUGCAUCGUUUAACCUUUCCCCACAGUCCUUUAUGUCACCUUAUAUUUAUAUAGUGUGUGUUUUCAUCUUCAAUCUGGCAAAAUACGGAUGAACAUCAGCCAACCGGACACCAAUAUGUUCUGUAAAAUAUACCAUUUGUUAAUAUGAAUAUUAUUCUUGUUAUUUACACUUGUCUAAUUUUAUCAAGUGCCUUUUGCUUUAUAAAAAAACAAAAAAAACAAAAGAAUGCAAAUACAUCUUGAUCAAUAAAUAUUCACCAUGAGUUGGGUUUGGUAAGAAUGCAUUUCUAUGAGCUGAUGUUUCUGUAUAUGUUUAAACAAAUAUGCGGAGCACUUAGGACAUGUUUGGGGUCCCGGAAAUAUGUUGUGCAAUGGUAUGCCUCUUUGAAGACCCAAUCCCUUAUGGUAACGUUUUAGAAAUCCUGUGGCCACCAUAUUUUACCCCACUGUCUAUUAAAGGUUAA